AUGAAGGCCAACUACAGCACAGAGGAGCGCUUCCUCCUGCUGGGUUUCUCCGACUGGCCCUCCCUGCAGCCUGUCCUCUUCGCCCUUGUCCUCCUCUGCUACCUCCUGACUUUGACCGGCAACUCGGUGCUGGUGCUGCUGACGGUGCGCGACCCGCGCCUGCACACGCCUAUGUACUACUUCCUCUGCCACCUGGCCUUGGUGGACGCGGGCUUCACCACGAGCGUGGUGCCGCCCCUGUUGGCCAAUCUGCGCGGACCAGCGCUCUGGCUUCCGCGCAGCCACUGCAUGGCCCAGCUGUGCGCAUCGCUGGCUCUGGGUUCGGCCGAGUGCGUCCUCCUGGCGGUGAUGGCGCUGGACCGCGCGGCCGCAGUGUGCCGCCCGCUGCGCUACGCUGGUCUCGCCUCCCCGCGCCUAUGCCGCGCGCUGGCCAGCGCCUCCUGGCUAGGCGGCCUCACCAACUCCGUUGCGCAAACCGCGCUGCUGGCUGAGCGGCCGCUGUGGGGGCCCCGCCUGCUGGACCACUUCAUCUGUGAGCUGCCGGCGUUGCUCAAGCUGGCCUGCGGAGGCGACGGAGACACCACCGAGAACCAGAUGUUCGCCGCCCGCGUGGUCAUCCUGCUGCUGCCGUCUGCUGUCAUCCUGGCCUCCUAUGGUGCCGUGGCCCGAGCUGUCUGUUGCAUGCGGUCCAGCGGAGGCCGGAGGAGGGCGGUGGGCACUUGUGGGUCCCACCUGACAGCGGUCUGCCUGUUCUUUGGCUCGGCCAUCUACACCUACUUGCAGCCCGUGCGGCGCUACAACCAGGCACGGGGCAAGUUCGUAUCGCUCUUCUACACCGUGGUCACACCCGCUCUCAACCCGCUCAUCUACACCCUCAGGAAUAAGGAAGUGAAGGUGGCAGCGAGGAGGCUGCUGUGGAGUCUGAGGAGAGGCCAGGCUGUACAGUGAGUAGGUUGGGGAGGGGAGAAAGUAUUAAGCCAGAACCCAAGGAUGGAAAUACCCAUUAGUGAGUCAGUUUAGACUUCAAACUGUUCAUUUUUUUAUGAUAAUCUGCAAGAUUUGUCCUAAGGAGUCCAAUGGGGAAAAUGUUUUCCUCCCGUAUGGAAAUGUUUAGUUCUUGAGGGAAAAUUCCUAAAUCCUCUAUAUACACAAGUUUAGGGAAGGAAAACCUACCCCUCACGACUCCACGUGCAGGUAAGAUGAUGGACGUGAUGACUGCCUUUAGCUUCCUCCCUAUCUGAUGGAAGACCGUGGAAGACCUCUUGGUCUCUGCCAUCAGAAGUCUCAAGUUGACAAGAAAAUCAUAGUCCCUACUCUGCAGGAGAGGGUCAUCCGGAAAAAGAGGCCAUGGACUCUCUUCUCGGAAACCAGUCCAACCUAGUGCAGACCUUGCCAGGGAAACAGUGCCCUCCCCAGGGCAUUUCACCCAUAAGUGUGAUGAGGAAAGCCCGUAAGUGGUGGUGAAUUUUGCUGAGGGGGGUUAAGAUGGGAAACCCUCCUGCAGGAGUUGGUUCUUGAACAAGUUUUAAAGAAACAAGGAACUAGGACGAGUGUGGAAGAAGGCGGGCAUGUCUCAGGCUGUGAAAAAAACUCACAGGUGAUCAAUAGUGAGACAUGAGAGAGAGCGAGAGAGCAAGAGAGUCAGAAAGAGGAGUAAAUGGAGGGAGGAAGAUGGAGGAAGGUACUCAAGUUCUCAAGACAGGAACAAGGAUCUACUCAUGAAAAAAAAGCAGAAAGAAAAAUGCUCAAUCAGCAGAACCUGAGUAGAAUAUUGAGGUCAAUCCAGAAGCCAGCUCCUCACCCACCCUCACCCAGACUGGCACCCUCAUCAUACAGAAGACCUGCUAGACCCUACGGCAGGUAGGAGAGAGGGUGGUCCACAGUCCCCCAGCUUCAGAAAGUUUGUUCUCUCCCAGUGUCCAUCUACCCCUAGGAACCCCCACUAGUUACACACAAUCACUAGAUCCCUGUGGAAAAUACCUUUCCUUGCCCACCAUCAUCCCCAUAAAUAAUAACCAUUUUAGUUGGGUGUGGGACAUAGAGAGUGGGAGGGGGCAUGGUGCCAGACUUCAUUUCAUACCAAAUAGCCUUAAAGGAGAAGAGGGGGAAAGGAGCUCAAUUUAGUUUCUAAAAUGUUUAGUAAUUUGAUUAUGAUCAUGUCAGAGCAACUAAUUCAUUUUAAAAUAAAUCAUUUCACUAUGCUCUGUAAGUAGAAAUUCAAUUUGAUUCAACCAUUAUUGAGUGAUAUAAAUAAAGCACUGGGCUUAACAAACACAGAAAUUCAGAAAUCAGUAGAAC